AUUUUUAUAAUAUCAUAUGAACACAGUAGUUAACAACAGAAAAGAAAUGGAUCGGAUAAAAGGUCCGUGGAGUCCAGAAGAAGAUGAAGCACUUCAAAAGCUCGUGGAAAAGCACGGUGCGAGAAACUGGUCGAUUCUAAGCAAAUCGAUACCAGGCCGGUCAGGGAAAUCAUGCAGGUUACCUUGGUGUAAUCAGCUUUCACCACAAGUUGAGCGUGGGGCUUUUACACCUGAAGAGGAUGAAGCUAUAAUCAGAGCCCACGCUCGAUUUGGAAACAAAUGGGCUACAAUAGCCAGGCUUUUACCGGGGCAAACUGAUAACGCUGUUAAGAAUCAUUGGAACAUUACUUUGAAACAUAAGUGUUCUUCUAUUAUAAUGGAUGAAGUGUUCCUGAGUUUUCGAGGGGAAGACACUCGUUCAUCCUUCACUUCACAUCUUCACUCAUCUCUUCAAAAGGCUGGAAUUAAAGUCUUCAUGGACGAUGAUUCACUUCAAAGAGGAGAUCACAUUUCAACAUCACUAUUGCAAUCAAUUGACCGAUCUCAAAUUUCUCUUAUUGUUUUCUCCACUAAUUAUGCUGGAUCCCGAUGGUGUUUGGAAGAGUUAGUUCAGAUAAUGAAGUGUCACAGAUUUGGUGGGAACUACUAGGUAUAUCUGGUCUAUUAUAUCUGGUCUUGGAUGUCACCAACAAAUAAUCUCCCACCCCUAUUUCAAACAUCUAAUAUCAUGUCAUCUCUUGUUCCUCUAGAUGUACCACAUAGUAGUUCCCACGAACUAUCAUCGAUUUUCGUGUACCUUCCAAGUCUUCGAAGUCUUUGGGUGGAGUGCAGUUCAGAACGUCAACUUUCUCAUGAUGCAGCAAUAAUUUUGGAUGCCUUGCAUACCAUAAAUCGUAAGGAGUUGGAACCAACUGCAACUACGUCACAAGUAUCAAAACAUUCCUUGAAGUCUCUUUUAAUUCAAAUUGGAAUGAAUUGCCAAGCCACUAAUAUUCUGAAAGAUAUAAUUUUACAGGUUUGACAUACUCGCUAUCCCCUUUAAUAUGUAUGUGUGUGUAUCCCCUCCAACAUUUAUAUUCUUUAGUGUAUAAGUCUAUAACAACACAUGUAAGUGUAUACAAUUAUUUGAUAUAGGUGUAAAAUACUUAAUAAUCAAAAUAAUGAAAAUUGUCUUCCAAAUUUUCACAAA